AUGAUUGACAGAGGCAUGGGAUUUCCCGCCGAUGGCGUCGACAAUCAUGGCUGGAAGCUCUACAUCACAUCUUUAGUGAUGAUCAUUUCAUCAGGUCUGUUUGUCGUUGCGAGAUGUAUUGCGCGGUACUCAAUACACAAGCUCGGAUCAGACGAUGUUGCCAUUAUUGUUUCUCUGAUAUCAUCUGUUCUUCUGUCGACGUACAUACAGCUUGCGAUACACCAUGGCUACGGAAUGCACAAAGCCGAUCUCGAAAAGCCCGAUCUUCGCAUGGCGUUAAAGAUGUUCUUUAUCGCUCAGACACCAUACAAGGUAACCGUCUGCCUCAACAAAGUCGCCGCGAUUCUGCUAUAUCUCCGAUUAUUCGUCACGAAAUCGUUUCAUCUUUGGUCAUUUGUGGUCUUGGGCGUCGUGGUUGGAUACAGUAUUGGUGGUGUUGCUGCGACAAUUUGGCAAUGUGUCCCCAUCAAAGGCGCAUGGGACAAGUCAGUUGAUGCCACGUGCAUCGACUCGAAUAAGUUUUGGGUUGCUUACGCUGUCCUCAAUAUCCUGACCGACGUUAUGGUCCUGGCUCUUCCUAUUCUACCCAUCAUGCGACUCCAGACGAGUAGACGGGAGAAACUUCUGCUCUGCUGCAUCUUUCUUCUGGGUGGAUUUGUAACCAUUACAUCGAUCCUCCGAGUGACCUCUGUGUCAAACUCUCUUAAGAAUAAAAAAGACAUGACGUGGAACUUCAUCGAUCGCGGCGUAUGGACUCUCAUCGAAGCUAACCUCGGCAUCAUCGCUGCAUGUCUGCCUGUGCUACGGCAACCUUUGGGCAAGAUCUUCCCCCGCAUUUUCGGAUCAACCAAAAAGAGUUCCUUGUACUAUACGGGGCCGGGUGGUCCCGCAAAGGGCUACAACUUGUCAGAUAUAGCUGCUAGGAGCCCUCGUCCAGGUAUCUGGAAGAGCGACGCCUCUAGAUCUGAACAAAUUAUUUCUGUUGGUGGACCGCAAACGGAAGCAAGUCGAGACAGCGACGAGCGGUGUAUUAUUGCUGAUUCAGUCAAAGGGGGCGAGUUUGGCAGUGAGCUGGCUACUCAUAAACCUGAUCUAAGUAGAUAG